CCGGGGGCAGCUAUUAGAGGAGCUCCGAGUUAUAAAUCAGUCGUAAAGCCCUUAUUGACUUGUCUGGUUGUUCUUUAUCAUGUCGAUAAAACACAUCUUGCAGCGCUCUUUUUGAUGUUCAACUCUCGUCGUCAUGGCUCCCAGCUGGUAUUAUCAGAAGCCGCCAUCCUGGAAGACUCGGGAUGCGAACCGAGCAAGGGCUGCUGUUAGCACUACUCCUCCUCCUCCGUUUGGCGCCCUGAUCCGAACCUUGAAGCUCAGACACCUUGACGAUGAGGGCGAAACUCUCGAUCACCUGGCCCGCAUUACAGACCUACAGACCGUUGCCUCAUACAGCUGGGUUGACAAGCCGAACUCUGGUCCUGAGAUUCUGAUACCAGGGCGGCCCCCUCUAUGGACCCCCCAAGUCACGCCGACCCAGCUCAAGGAAGACAGCGGGCAGUACUACCGUGACAAGAACGCGGCCCGGUAUCCCAGACACCCCAUCGAGCCCGCCGUCGUUGCCGGUCUCGACGCCGACCCUGCCCUCCCUCUGGACCUGGACAUCUUCGCCUGCAAGAGCACGCUCGGCAGCCUGCUCAGCUUCGUCCGGGGAGAGGAUAAAGAAUUCCGCAUGCUGGCGUACAAGGUCCGGCACACCAUCUUCCUCGUCCGGCGGGAGAACUCGCCGACGGAGCUGAUCCCGGACGUCCGCGGCUACGGCCACACCUUCCCCGAGGCCAACACGACCUGGGAGGCCGACGUCAAGGGGUCCGCCUCGCACCAGCGCCUCAUACGGUACGUCUUUGGCGGGCUGCGCCUCGCCGUCCGCUUCGAGGCGGACGGAUAUAUCAAGCCGAGCGGCGGCGGUGGCGGCGAGGAUGAUGACUUCGACCCGAACCUGCGUUCCAACAGACUCUCCUCCUCUCCCGCCUCCUUCUCGUGGUCGCCGCGGCCGUCGCAGACCGACAGCGCCGCCGCUCCACCUCCUCCUCCCUCCCUUGACGAACUCGCCACCACCCUCUCCACCGCAAACGUGACGACGACGACGACGACAGGCCAGGGCAUCAGCAGCACCACCACCACCACCAGCAGCAGCAGCAGCACCAGCACAACAACGACAGCACGGCAAACCAAGCUGACAGUGACGCAGGCGGGCCCGACGGUGCCGAUCCCGCACCGGGCGCUCUUCGACCUCAAGACGCGCAGCGUGCGGACGCGCGAGGCCAAGGGCGGCGGCGCGGCGGUGGUCGAGGAGGAGCUGCCGCGCCUCUGGGCCGCGCAGCUGCCCACGCUCGUGCUGGCCUACCACGCGCGCGGGCUCUUCCGGCCCGAGGAGGUCGAGGUGCGCGACGUGCGCGCCGACCUCCGCCGCUGGGAGCGCGAGCACCGCGCCGAGCUGGCCCGCCUCGCAGCGCUGCUGCGCCGGCUGAUGCGGGACCUGGUUGCCGUUGCCGACGAGGAGGAGGCUGUUGCUGUUGCUGCUGGCGUCCAUGCGGCGGGUGAGGGCGUGGUGGAGAUCUGUCGGCGGCGGCGUGUCGGCGGCGGUGGCAGUUGGAGAGGAGGACGGGGGGAGAAGGAGGAGGAGGAGGAGUUGGAGAUCAGGAGGCCGGGAGGGGAGGUCGCGGGGGUCUUGUCGGAUGAGGUGCUGCAGCGGUGGAUGAGUGCUGCUGGCGACGAGGGAGACAGUGACGACGACGAUCAUGACGAUCAUUUCACCGCUUAUGGAGAGGCCGGUGGCUGGGAGUCAGACUGGGAGUCGGAGGAUGACAGAGAGUACCUCGACUUCACGGCCUGUAGCGCCGACGACUGUGGAUACUGUGGCAGAUGUCCGUACUAGGAAAGGUUCUUUUAGGAAGGGGUAUAACUACUUGGUAGAUGCGGCUAGCAAUGGUAUAAUUAAGCCUGUUCGGAAUUCAAACUUGUCAC